UGUUUGGAGACUAGUUUAUAAUCAUACAAUAUCGUAAUUUUGAAAGUUAAAAGGGAAAAGAGAGAGUUUGAAAUUUUAAGGGUGUGUUUGGUACAGGGAGUUUAGACCAGAGAAAAGGAAAUGAAAUUAUUUCCCUAAUUUCGUAGGCUGAGACUUGAGACGCAGUGAAUCACUUUCUAUAUGAUUUAAUUUCCAUCUUAAAAUUUUGUUUGUGGACGUAGCAUUGCUGUUUUUUUUUACCUUCAACCGACUCACAUGGAUUUACUGCUGAUGAUGACCGCUGCUAGUUAUCUUCAUUAACCCAUCGUCUCCAUCAUCGAUUACAGGAUGCCUCUAACGUAUAAGUUCGACCUAGACAAGGUUGAUGGCUUUUCGUACGUAAGGUUGAUUGAUUUUAUAUUCAGUAUUGAACGGCCUGACCGCCAUUAUGGCCCGGGGUUGUUAACUGAUGAACAAAAGGUGGUUUUUGAAUUCUAUACGGGUCUCGAGAAUGUACCGUCUUCGGUUAUGCGUAAGGAUGAUCUUUACCAAAUGGGCUACCAGCCUGGAGGUACUGAGAUUUCUUGGGAGAUACAGGGCAGCAAAGGGAUACGCUCUCCUUCAAUUGAAGGAUCAUCUCCAUUAUAUUGCCAGUAUCAAUAUCCUGACUUUUCAUCAACCCGAUUCAACUUUAUAAUACUGAAAGAAGAGAUUCUAUUCUGAAGGGCCGAGCCAAAACCGAACGACAAUAUAGAGAGGGUAAGUGUAGCAAUGAUUGUGUUUACAUUGUCCGAAGCCCCCCGUUUUCCCUCGAUAUUCCGUCGGUUUACACGAUUAGCUGCUUCUGUUGGUGAUCCCACCAUCUUCAUAAUGCUUAGUGAUUAUCAGCAGCUUGUAAAACUGUGGUACGAUUUGUCACGGCUUGCUGAAAAUCAGAACAUCCGUGACCUAGACUCCGAUGAUGAGCUAAGCAUAAACGAGCUUCAGGAGCUUUUGGAAGGUGAUCAAAACGACCCUAUUGUACAACGUAAAGCGCGCUUGUGUAUAGGUAUUCUCUGUCUUUCAAACCCUUCCAAGGAUGAGAAGAAGCCUCGCAAGAAAAACAAAGCAAAUGGUGGCUCUGAUAAUAGUUUGAAGUUAGUGUUGAAGGCUGAUUAUGAGCUCAAAGACAGGAACAUUCAGUUUGAUGAGGAUGUUCGUAUCGUUUUUGGUGCCUUAUCUGAUGGUGGAUAUUACGUAAAAGAGAUUCUAUACAAGUAAGACUUCUAUCCAACUUUAUCUUAUAGUAUAUAGCAUGAUAAGUGGGGUUAAUCCCGCUUAUCAUUAACCCCGAUUAUCCCCAAAACAUGAUCAAAGAAAACAAUGUUUGGGGUAGUGAUUUAGUUGUUGAUGGUGAUGAAUUGAUGGUAAGGGUUGCAAUAGGGAGAUCGACUGGAAAAGUGAUAUGUUUUUUUUUGAUUGAGGUUUCUUUUUUUGUGGGUUUAAAUUUUGAUAGAGGAAAUUCCGACAUUUAGAGGAUGAGGUGUAAAAUACAAUGUAAUUAAGGAGAGUAUUAUGGAAAUAAAAAAAAGUAUUUAAUACCAA